CCCGAAACUGUCAGAAUUAAAUGCAGUAUAUGACAAAAGUUACCGUUCAAAACUACCACAAUGCGAGACAGACAACGGUUAGCAGGCGGCGUGCAAUGCUAAGUAUUCCGGCUACAGCUUCAUAAUAAGGCUCCCGGGCCUUGUUUUGACCUUAACGGCAGAUAAUGUGAUGCUGUGUUGCUAGCAAAGACUGCUAUCGUUAUAUGCCUAGCUAGCUGACAGCUGCAGCAGCAUGGAGUGACUGUGCUGGGAAAGAAAACGCCAAAUCAUUUUCUUAUUUUAGAGUCAAUGCUAUCCGCCCGAGCGGUUGCGGUGGGUUUCACUCUGAUAACGGUGGGCAAAGCAAUGACCUCUGUAGCAGCGACGACAUCCCCUGAGUCUCGGGGGCUGCAUGCAGCAGCCAGCCGGGAUGCACGCUCCGGGAGUCCGCGGCAGAGGCUGCAGAGGCUGUCUGCGGUGCCCGGUUACGUCCCGAGCCGAGUUAACGACCUGCUGCUCCUGCGGCCUGACACAGAGAACCCGAGUACGCCACAACCGAAGGAGAAGAGCAGUAACAGGCAUGUCGUGUUUUUCCACGGGGAUAUUCAGAACUUCCAGGAGGAGAUGGCCCUGCAGCCUGAGGGAGCCCAGUGGCUCUCCUGGAGCCUGGAGCAGGUAGCCUUCACCCUGGGCCGACGUUUCCCUGACCGAUAUGUUUGGGUGGUCCGGGCCUCGCGCAUGUAUCUCCACAAGUUCAGCUGCUACCACAACUUUGUGGAGAGCAACAUGUUCGGGGCACCGGAGCACUCGCCGUACUCACCUGACUUGGGAGCGUUUCGCCAUCUCAGGACCCUGCUGAGCCACGGCAUGGAGCGAGCCAACCUCCCAAACCCCCUCCAGCCACAAGGAGGCACUGAUAGCAUCCCCUCAGGAUUUUCGCUGACACUGGUGGGCUUCAGCAAAGGCUGCGUGGUGCUGAACCAGAUGGUGUACGAGCUGGGCGGCGCCCGCGCCGACCCGCAGAUGUCUCCUUUCGUUAAAUGCAUCUCGGCCAUGUACUGGCUGGACGGCGGACACCCGGGCGGCAGCGAGACCUGGGUGACGGACAAGCAGGUGCUGAAGGAGCUUGCGGCCAGCGGAGUGUCAGUUCACGCCCACGUCACCCCUUAUGAGGUGUGUGACCCGAUGCGGGCCUGGGUGGGCCGUGAGCACGGACACUUCAUCAAAACCCUGGAGGAGUUUGGGGCCUGUCCGAGUAAGAAGCUGCACUUCGAGGAUGAGCCCCCCUCCAUCGAGAACCACUUCAGGGUCAUCCAGGAGUUUUGAGUUUGGUUCAGAGUGGCUGUGAGCACUUCACACACACACGUUUGUACAUCUAUCUUUGCGAGGACACACUUUGACAUAAUGCAUUCCCAUUAUUGCCCUUUGCCCCUAACCCUAACAUCAACCAUCUGAACUGAAUGCCUAACCCUUAAACCAAGUCUUAACCCUGGAACCAUUUUAAGGUGUGUCAGAAAGUGAGGACAGAAAAUGUCCUCAACCUGUAAGGUCUAUUCUUUUUUUUUGGUCCUCAUAAAGAUAGAUGUACAAGCACACACAUGCAUCAAAAACCUGAUCUGAUUGUUCGAACAUCACUGAGCGCUUUAGAUUAUAUUAGAAUACUGAUUGUGUGUCUUACUCGCUGGUCUUACCUCAAUCUUUUGGUGAUUUAAGGGCUCAGACUUUAGAGUGUGGGACAGAUGCCGGUGUGUUUUACUUUGUGUUUCCUUCCUAUGACAAAAUGCACUUAAUCUGAGGAGGGAAUCCUUCCUCCUUCUCCCCUGUGGCCCCGAGCAGGAGCAUGCAGGUAUGAAAAAGCAGAUGUUGGAUAGUUUUAACAUCCAGUGUCUUUGUCCUUUCUUAUUUUACUCUUUAGUCUAAAUGUCAGCUUUUGCAUUUGAUUUUGGCUCAGAGCUGCUGCAGAGCUGUCGUUUUCCAAACAUGAAUGAUUCAUGUUGUUCCAGUUUGAUUUUGCUUAUGAGGGAAUUUCUAUGAUUUAAGGUUUGUAAGAGUUAGUGACUUAGUUUUUCUUACGUCUGCCAUGAUUUUAGAUUUAACUGAAUGUGUGUUUGGUUAAAGCAGAGCAGCUUAGCACAUUCUCUUUAUACCUGCACUUGUGUUGAGCUACUUUCAGACAGGUGAACGUCUUCACGUGACGUCACCGGCUGGUCUCUCCGUGGUGAUUCUUGAUUGUAUUUUAACUGCGGUCAGUUAACGAAGCCAAGUACUCGGUCAGAAAGUUAAAGAAUGGUUCUGUCAUUCUCUCAGUACUUUCUCAGACCUUUUGUAUGUAAAUGGCCAACAGCUGCACUCCAAGAGAAAAAAGGAAAAACCAAAACUUAGAGGCUCCAUUUAUUUAUGUUCUGGAACUUUUGAUCAUAUCACAUGAUCUUCAUCGGCCAGUGGACUUCAGCUACUGCGAAUGUCAUUGUCUGGUGAGGAUCAUGAGAAUCUUGAGGUGAGAUUUAGUUAACAGCUGUUGUCAAAUUUAAGAACAAACUUUCUCAAACUCCAAACAUGUUUUGUUGACAUAUCAGCUGAUUUCAUCAUAACAAACGUUCCUCAUUAUCACAUGUCACUUUUUCUAAAUAUUAACUGAUAAAUGUUAAUUUGCUGUCUUUCUGAUUGGAUCUUUUCUUCACACCUCUUGCAUUUUUAUUUUUACAAUAUACCAAAUUAGACAAACUAAAAAUGUUUACAAUGUAAAGUUUUGUUAAAAUGAAAGUUGGCAAGUAGAAUUAACAAGACGGUAUAUUCUUCAUGUUCUUGUCAGAAUACUUUAUCCUCACAGUCGCAGAUAUAUGUUAUAUAUACUGAACUGUUUUUAUCUGACUGCAGCAACUGUGCAUCGCAAUAUGUAAAAGAAAAAAACAAAACAAAAAAACAACAACACUUACUUGCUAGUUUUGUCUCAGUUGUCCAGUAAAAUGAAGUGGCUCGCUCAGAUCACACAGCUGAUGACCUGUUGGUGUUGGCAGCCUGUGUAUUAAUCUCUGUAUGUUGUAUUCCAGUCUGUGUAAGCUUACAUAGCAUCUUUGCACUAUGCUGAUGGCUGCAGCUCGUUUUGCUGAAUGUAACUUCAGAGCAUUCCAUUAUGUUUACUACUCGCUGUGCGUUACUGUUUAAAAAACCCUGUGAGUGUUUAACUGGGGCAGAUAUUAACCUCUUUUGUUUUUAAGUUAUGUAGCCAGUGCACAGCCAACAUAACAUACAGUGCUUUAAACCAUCCGCUCACUAACUGGUACACAUUGACACCAUGCCACUUUGUCCUGUCAACGGUUAACCAGUGAUGGACAGUGCCGUUUGUUGGAGCUCUCUCGAACCAGCAGGUGGCAGCAGUGUGGAGACGGAAGAGAACAAGGAACAAAAGACAUCAGAUGCUCCUUCAGAUAUUUUCUACAACCUUUAAUGAGCUUUUUCAGUUUGCUUUGUGACGCCUAUAUAUUAGUCUGCAGUUGAUCAGAAUACAAUACGGAUUAUGUCUGUUUUUUUUUUCUUUUCUUUAGUCAUUUCGGAUGCAAUCAGGAUGCUCAUACAUUAAAAAAAUAUAAAAGGCAAAAUAAACAUACAUCUCUUAAACAUUUA